AUGCAGGACUUGCCAGAGGUGAGCUGGGACUACAAGAGCGUAGAGGACUACAUGAGCACGUACUUCCGCUUGCUUAGAGCAGAUUGUUUUGGAGCCCUCCAGAAGGGUGUCAUGGACUUCAUUCGAGGAACGCUGGACAAGCGGGACCUACGAGUUCUGCGGGCUGAGGCCGUAGAGUUCAGUGUUGUGCGGGGAAUCAAAGGCUUGACGGCUUACCUGGAGUGCGAGAACAUUUUCGAUUUUGCAGUACCAUUUCCUCCAAGGGUGCUUAUGCAGAGCAAUCUUGUUUGCUUGUCAAUUGGACUGAAGCCUUUCUCUGAAGUGCUGUGGGCGCGGGUGGCAGAGCGUCCAACAGAUCCGAAGGCGCAAAAGCAGGCCAAAAUCAGGGUUGGGCUUGAGUUCCUCGACUACCAGAACCAUGGCUUUCCGCUGCAGAGCAUUAUGACUCGUCUGAUGUCACCAUCCAGCCUUCUUUUAGCAGAUAGCCCUGUGUUUUUCCUGUCCUUCGGACCUGUGCUGAAGCGCCUCCAAAGCAUGUCAGAUGGGCAAGACAGUUUACCUCAAGGAACGCUCCUGCUGGGACGGAGCUUCCUAUCUUUGCAGACUUCCAUCCAGCAGAAGGAGCGCAGUUUCGAUCCGUCACAGGAAUCCGCCUUGCGAGUCAUCUUUUCGUCGAAGAUUUCCUGCAUACAAGGGCCGGGCACGGGCAAAAGUUUCAUCGGUGUUGAGGCCAUUCGUCACAUUCUGUCAGCUGCAAGUCGACACUUUCAACAAAUACCUGCGCGAGACCUAGGUCCCUGCCCAGACCCAUUUUCUGAUCACUUAGACUCCGACACCAAUGCCUGCGUAGAGUAUGAAGCGGAUCCACGCAGAACAAAGAAAGUCAGAAUUCUCGUAAUGGCUUUCAAGAAUCACGCCCUGGACGAAUGCUUGCUGGAUGUCAUGAAGAAUUGCCCCGGGGCCAGCGUGGUGCGAAUCGGAGGCCGCUGCGAGGACGAGCGGCUGAAGUCUCGCACUCUGCAGAGCUUCUUGGACCCGCAAGUGCCAUGGUUCAGUCUGACGAGAGACGCAGAGAAGGACAUCAACCUUCGGAAGAUGUUGCGUGACCAGGCUUGCCUUAGCAAGUUGGCAGAGCGAAUUCCCUCGCUGCAGCUCUUUGUCAACAAUGUGGAAGACGCCCUUUGCAAUGGCGAGCAGAUCAGCGACUCCGCAUUCAAAGUUUGCUUCCAUGGCUGGCUGCCCAAAGCCAGGUCACAGGCGCAAGUAGAACCAGCCAAGGCUUCACGCAACCAGACAUCUGCUGUGGAAGAGAGCAGUGAUGUGGAGGCUGAGGAUGAGGCGAAGGAACGCCAGGCUUUCCAGGAGCGUGUGGAGAAGUGGAGUCUGGACGAUGGCCAAAGAGCCUCCUUGCUCGGCUUCUGGCUGCAGAAGGAAGUUGACAACCUCUGGCCGGAGCUAGUGAAGCUCCUCCAGCGAAACGACGAACUUCAAGAGCACAUCAUGCAGCUCGAAAACCAGCAUGCAAUCAACAUUCUUUCAGGUGCAGACGUCGUGGGCUGCACGAUCAGUGGCGCUUCGAUCAAAGGUGACCUGCUCGCACAGGUUGACUUCCCGGUAGUGGUUGUGGAGGAGGCAGCUGAGAUUCUGGAGCCACAGCUUUUGGCUGCCUUGCCUCAGCGAUGCCAACAGAUCAUCAUGAUUGGCGAUCAUUUCCAGCUCCAGCCAAAGAUCCAAAAUCACCUCCUUGGCCGAGAAAGGAACUUUGACCGCUCUAUGAUGGAGCGCCUGUUGGCCAGCGAGGUAGCAGACUAUCCAAAAGCAAUGCUGCAGAAGCAAAAUCGCAUGCGGGACGAGUUCCUGCUGUUGUUGCAUCCAUUCUAUCCAGACUUGUCCACCAACCUGGAGAGAGUCAAAGGGCACAGGCCACUGUCAUGCUGCGAGAAGUCAAUGUUCUUUGUCACCAUGCGGGAGCUGACAGAGACGGAGGCUCCGGAGCGCCGAAGCCCCACCAAUCCGGCAGAAGCCGAGACCAUUUUGAAGUUUGCAGCGCACAUCGUGCGCGAGGGCUACAAUGCCGAGGACAUUACCAUCCUCGCCAUGUACGAUGGUCAGGUGUCCUUGCUACGGAAAAUGCUUCGAGAUCGCCAGGGUCUAGCUGACAUACAAUGCUCCUCAGUAGAUCGCUUUCAGGGCGAUGAGAACAAAUUCGUUUUGAUCUCCGUAGUGAGGUCAAACAGGGAGGGCAAGGCUGGUUUCGUGUCUGAGCGUAAUCGUUUGAUUGUGGCACUGUCGAGGGCACGCUGCGGGGUUUAUUUCUUUGGCAAUGACCAGCUGCUGGAGAAAAAGUCCAAGGAAUGGAGGCAAGUCCUUCAAGCCCUUACAAACAGAGGAUGUGCAGGCCCGGAGCUGCCCAUAGUCUGUCCGCGACAUCCCAGCGUUCGGCUGCAGUUGGGUCAGGAUUGUCAUCAUAGCUGCGAGGUCGAGCUGGAGUGUGGGCACACGUGUGGGAGCCCUUGCCAUCAGCUGAACAAGCACCCGGCGUGCACACAGGAAAUCACUGUCAAGCUGCUUUGCGGACACGACAAGGUAUGCAAAUGUUUCCAGAGACAGCAAGGCAUAGAGAAUCUGAAGUGCACGAAGACUGUGGAGUUCCAACAUGACAUCUGCAACCACUGGGACACUCGAAAAUGCUGUGACAAGAAGAAGCAAUGCCAAACAAUGGUUUGA